CCUAACAAGAAAUCAGUGUGAAAUCAUUGCUGUGACUCGCUCCUUUUCCACACAAUCUGCACAAUCUAAUGGGGUGUGCUGCGUCAUCAGAGGACUGCGGGACCCACAAACACCAGUGAUUCCUCCUGCAGUGCGAGAGAUCAGCGAUGGGACUGGAAACAGAGAGGGAGGGAGGGAAGGAGAGAGGCAAGCACUGCUGCAGAACAACAUUCAGCCUGGGCUGAGGAGUUAAACGGCACACAGCGGCACAUCUGCUUCAUCCAGGCAUUAAUCCUGUUGUGAUAGCCAUGCCGUGGUGUCUGGCCUUUGUGGUUUUCAUCUUGACAUCUGCCCUCUCCGUGACCUCCCUGCCUGCCAACAUAGAGAACUUAAGGAAAAAGGUGGUCCAUGUGCUCGAGGAUGACACCGGCGCGGUGAUAGUGCAGACAGCUCCUGGUAAAGUGGUGACACAUCGUGGUGGCUCCAUCACUCUGCCCUGCAGAUUCCACCAUGAGCCGGAGAACACCGAUCCUGCUCGGAUUCGGAUUAAAUGGACCAAAGUGACUGAUGCACUGCAGUUUGAGGAUGUCUUUGUGGCACUUGGAAGGCAGCAGCGCGUGUUUGGAUCAUACAGAGGCCGUGUGUUUUUGGAGCAGGCAGGACCAGGUGAUGCCUCACUGAUCAUCCAAAACAUCACCUUGGAGGACUACGGACGCUAUGAGUGUGAAGUCACCAAUGACAUGGAGGACGAUACAGGAUUUGUCAACCUCGACCUAGAGGGAGUGGUGUUCCCCUACUACCCGCGUGAGGGGCGCUAUAAGCUCAACUACCACCAGGCGGAGGAUGCCUGCAAACAGCAGGAUGCCAUUCUGGCUUCCCACUCUCAGCUGCACAAGGCUUGGCUGGAAGGUCUAGACUGGUGUAAUGCUGGAUGGCUGGAGGAUGGCUCAGUACAGUACCCUAUCUCUCACCCUAGGGACCAGUGUGGCCGCAAAGACACCCCUGCUGGUGUUCGUAACUAUGGCUACAGGCACAAGGAGAGCGAGCGCUAUGAUAGUUUCUGCUUUACUUCCAAGCUUAAUGGCAAAGUGUAUUUCCUCAAACGCUUUAAGAAGGUGAACUAUGUGGAAGCAAUGAAGGCUUGCAUUCGAGAUGGCUCAGUGGUGGCCAAAGUGGGUCAGUUAUAUGCUGCAUGGAAGUUCCAGCUUCUGGACCGCUGUGAAGCCGGCUGGCUGGAGGAUGGCAGCAUUCGUUAUCCCAUAGUCAACCCCCGCUCUCGCUGUGGAGGAUCCCAGCCAGGUGUCCGACACCUGGGCUUCCCUGAUAAAAAAUUCCGCCUUUAUGGGGUCUACUGUUUCCGCAAGAACGAGGAUGAAACAGCAGGUGAUGUUGAAAUGACAAAAAGCCCCACAGAUAGUUUGACGCUGAGGAAGAGCAGCAUCCCCAUCAAUGGCACGAGGGUGAUUUAAAGUGGAGAGACUGAGAGCAAUUUUAGAUUUGACUACA